AUGGCACCAGUCCCUGCCUCAUUGCUACGUGCCCUGUCCCUCCCCGACCCCUCCAAAGCCAGCCUGUCCACCGCAGGCCUAGGCUCUGGAUUUACCAGUACAGGAGCCAUACGUGCCCAGGUCCCUGCCACCGAUGGACAAGGCGAAGAGGAGCGACGAUACUUUGUCAAGACCUCAUCGGACGGAAAAGCCGCAGAGGAAAUGUUCCGAGGCGAGUACGAAUCAUUGAACGCUAUCGCAACAUCAGUACCGGGCUUCUGCCCACGAGCCCUGGCAUGGGGACCUUUGGAAGAAGGUAAUGGAAAGAGCUUCUUCCUCGCAACUGAAUUUCUCGAUUUGGGGGUGGGAGGAAAUCGGACAGGCCAAUCCCUCGCCCAAAGACUGGGCCAGUUACAUUCCACGCCCGCGCCAUCAGAUCCGCAGACGGGCAAGCGCAGAUUCGGGUUUCCAGUCCCAACCUUUUGCGGCGACACAAAGCAACCUAACAAGUUCCAUGAUUCCUGGGCGGAUUUCUACGCCAAUGAACGACUUUUGACGAUUCUCGAAACGUCAGAACAGCGUAACGGGAAAGAUGGUGCUCUGCGGGAUUUGGUCGAGAAGACAACACGCACUGUCGUCCCGGCACUGUUGGGUGACGGACAUUUGGGAUAUGACCGGAAUGGCAACGGAGAGGGCAUCACGCCCGUGGUGAUACAUGGAGAUCUGUGGAGUGGGAAUGCAGACCAGGGAAAGAUCGUGGGCAGCGGACGAAAAGAAGACGAGCAGGUGGGAGAGGUCGUCUACGAUCCAUCUGCCGUAUAUGGGCAUAGCGAGUUUGAAUUGGGCAUUAUGAAUAUGUUUGGAGGCUUUGGUUCGUCAUUCUUCAGUGCCUAUCAUAAGGUUGUACCCAAGACGGAGCCAGUGGAGGAGUAUGAAGAUCGAGUGCGGUUGUAUGAACUAUACCACCAUCUGAAUCACCAUGCCAUUUUCGGGGCUGGAUAUCGGUCGGGUUCUGUAUCCAUCAUGCAAAAGUUGAUCAAAAAGUACGGCAACUAG